CUUUUCCUCUUGGAAGCGGCCCGCAGACGUCGACAUCACCUAAGUCGAGUCGUUCUCAAUUGGGCGCUACCUUUCGACCGCGCUUGGGAGAGAGCCGCCCGGUCUCGGGGAUCGCGAGCUCGGACCCUUCGACCGAGUCGACUCCUCGCGCGCGACAUCCUCAACCUGCUUGCUUCCGUCGCCGAUUCCCCGCGAUAGCCCCGGCAUACGAUCGCAACCAUGUCGGCUCUAAGACCAAGAGCAGCGCAGCUUGCUCGGACUGCUCGGCGAGCUGCGCAGACGGGCGCGCGGAGCACAAGGUCCUAUGCUUCGAGCCACGGCCACCACGAGCCCGCCCAUACCGUCGAGGAGCCGCUCGGAACGGCUUUCUACAUCGCUGUCGGCGUGAUCCCCGCUUCUAUCUUCGUCUACACCGUCUCGCGUCCCGGCGAGAACGGGGAGCUCUCGUUCAUCCAUAAAUGGCUCCAGAAGAUCUCCGACUACCGCAACAAGUGGGAAAGGCAGAAUCACCUCAUGGCCGCCGCGCUCCAGCAAGCGGCCCACGACAAGCAUCUCCUCUACACGGCCGAGCGGAGCAGGCACUACGAGCUGACCUACCCAGAGGUCUUCACACACGGCUCGCCCUUCAAUGUCCCCGCCGGGCACUACACGAACAUUGACAAGGUCAUUGCGCACUACAAGCAGCAGCAUCUCGAGGAAGAGGCGCGCAAGGCUAAGAAGCUGGCAGCGGCUUCGCCGUAGCGAGACUGCAUCUGCGGGGGAUUUUCUUGUGUUCGUCCAAUACCCACAUGUUGUGGCACUGUAUGUACAUGUACCUUAGUCGACGUGCAUAUAUGGCGGUAACGCCCCCGGUGCUGAGCUCUAGACAUGCAAAGACAACCUUCCACC